AUGCUCGCCCUGGUGGGUUACGCGGCCAAGACCCAGCACCCCGUGAAGGCGAGCACAGGCUGCGCCAACGCGGACAUGACCGCCGCUUCCGACCACUACGCGGUCGUCCUCGACGGCGUCAGCGGCGCCCCAGCGCCAAUGACCCCCGAGGGACUGGCGCAGGACAUGCGCGACUCUCUCCGCUACUUCUUGGCUCGCCGGCUCGCGCACGGCACUGAUCGGGACGACUUCGACGCCGAGGUGGCCAACUUCUUAAACCCGAGCCGUGUGCCCACGACGCCUACCGCGGGCUUGUGGCUCGAGAACUUGAUCGUUAUGGCGGGGAUCUUUACCGAGUCACUGGGAAGCACGUGCAUGGCGGUCGCCACCAUCAUCGGGAAAAAGCUCACCGUGUACCACUUGGGCGACUGUGUCGCCAUGCUCUUCCGCUACUGCUCGAUGCUGGGAGUGUGGCGCGUUGCCUUUCGCACGGUGGACCACAGAGUGCAGAUGCUUGACGCCCGCGGUAACAGCGUGAUCGGGCCGCUUCAGUUCACCGUGUACAACGACCAGCAUCGCACAAUCGAGGCGCUGAAGCAGACGGUCCGCCAGGGCACCGUGCAGCUGGUCAAAGACGUCCGCCCAGGCGACGUGCUGAUGCUCUUCAGCGACGGCGUCGCCGACAACGCCACGGACGAGGAGCUCUGCCGCAUCUUGAGCAACUCCACCCCCCUUGAUCACGCCUCAAUCGCGCACGCCGUCCUGGCGCACUGCUGCCGCAACGGAGCGCCGAAACCCGACGACAUCAGCGUCUACGUCGGCACCGUGUUCUCGCAGUAG